GAACGUGAAGAGCUCGAGAAGUUUGCGGGGAAGAACCGAGCCGCUGUGAAGAGCAGCCAUGCUGGAUCUGAAGAGUCCGCCGACUCCGCUGGCUGGGGACUACCUGCCGCGCGGCACUCCGCUCACCAACCUGUCCAUGCUGUUCUCAGAUCCUGCUUACAAGGCGGCAUGGGGAGCUCACACUUCUCAAGCACAAGCGUAUUCACACAACAGUCUCUCGAGCGUGGCAAAGUCGUCAUUGGAGGCGGGCCAUGCACAUCUCAGGCAACCAGACCCGUACCAGAUGUUCGGGGCGACCAGCAGUCGGCUGGCCAGCUCGGGAACCGGUCAGAUUCAGCUGUGGCAGUUCCUGCUGGAGCUGCUGUCAGACAGCGCCAAUGCCGGCAUCAUCACCUGGGAGGGCACCAACGGCGAGUUCAAGCUGUCCGAUCCUGAUGAGGUGGCCAGGAAGUGGGGAGAGCGGAAGAGCAAGCCGAAUAUGAACUACGACAAGCUCAGCCGCGCGCUCAGGUACUACUACGACAAGAACAUCAUGACCAAGGUGCACGGCAAGCGGUACGCGUACAAGUUCGACUUCCACGGUCUGGCAGCUGCCACCCAGCCGGCCGCGGACCCUGCCGCCUACAAGUACCAGGGCGACUUCUUCAUGGGCUACCAUAGCUCCUCAAAGCUGAACUUCAUGACGCCCCACACGCCGAUGCCGAGCAGCACAGGGAGCAUAUUCCCGUCGCCGUCGUCCUACUGGCCGAACCCGAGCGCCAACCUGUACUCCAACAUCGCCGCCGCCUCGGGCCACAUGACGUCACACCACCCCAGCCAUAUGACGUCACACAUCUCGUCAUACCCGCACUAUGCGUGACAGACCCCCGCCAAGUGGUGGAUGUGGAGCCCACCCGACGACCCGGGCGUAAGCGAUAAUUUCUGAUAACUGUUCCGGACAGCCAGAAAUGGCAAUGGUUUGAUUAUGAUUUGGUUUAGUCAAUGUGGCUUUUAUUCUUUUUGUUCAUAUGUGAGUGUUGCAAUGCUUUGUUGCUACUUAAUCAUGCAAGACUGUGCUGAUUUUACAUCAUUUUACAUUAUACUCGAAUACUCCCGUUGAGAAUCAUUGUUUGAUCUCAAGAUAUCCGUCAGUUUAUUCCAGCAACUAUGUACAAGUGUAUAGUCGAUAUAUUUAAACAGGUCAGAAAUGGUACUGUGAUAAUGCCUGAAUACUCGUAACAUGCAUAGCUAGUUUGGCGCUAGGACCGAGCGAAUGUUCACAGCUGUAGCAAAUGUCGUUGAGCUCCGUGGUUUUGACAAAUGUCCGACUUGUGAACUUGUCGCAGUUGAUGUCAGUGAACAGGAUGGUUUAGUUGCAGCGUUGAUCCUUCGAAACCUAUGUGUAGGCGUUUAUUUUCAUCCCUCCGCAUGUUUAAGGUGCGUUUUAAGUGAUAGUUCCUCAUCAUUCUAGUCAGUCUUGUGAUUGUGCAAUAUUGUGGCUGAUGCUCCAUGCCAUAAUUUUUUAUUUUAAUAAGUAUUUAAGGUAUAUUUUGGAGGAUAUUAUGCAUGUAUGUUAUUAUAUUUAUUUAUGUUUCAUAAUUAUAUCGUCAUUUAUUAUUUAUUAAUGUGUCCUGUAACACAUGUGUCAGUGAUCUCUUGGGCAUUCUUUGAUGUAUGCCUCCUUCUUAGAACGUUCUUUUUGAUGUCAUCAAGGUGACGUUUAUGCCAACUGGUGUUGUCCACGUAUUGGUAUUAUUUUUGGGCACUUUAUCUACAUAGAGGUGACAAUUUCAGUGUUUGACAGAAUACUCAAUACGACCCAGUGGGUUUGUAGUUGAGUAUGGAUACCGACUCGAUCGGGUAACAAGCUACAUCUCGAUUUUGUAAAUAUAGAGAGCGCAUUGUUAAGUCAUGUGUACAAAGAUGUCAUGGGAGCCGCCGUCUACAUUGAGAGAAAUAAAACUGGUUUGAGAUGAA